UAAAAGAAAAAAAAAAAGUAACGAAGACUGAGGGAGAAAAAAGGAAAGAGUCCUCCCAAGCAGGACUCAGAAACUCAAAAAAAUUCUCCUCGUCUUCUUAUGCGCGAUUAGGGCAAGGUUCAGUGAUUAGGGUUCGUUCUCCGUCUUUCAUUUCAUCAGAGGAUUUGAGUUUGAGUAGAGAAUUAUUAGGGUAAAAGAUGGAUCGUCCAGUGAUUUCGCUGGACCAUGGAUGGGGACUUAUGCAGACUGGGAUUACAAAGCUUAUUAAGAUUUUGGAAGGUCUUCCGGAACCACAAUUCAACUCAGAUAGUUACAUGAUGCUGUAUACAACAUGUUACAAUAUGUGUACACAGAAACCUCCUCAUGACUAUUCUCAGCAGCUUUAUGAAAAGUACAAAGAAGCAUUCGAGAACUACAUAAAUGAAACGGUGUUGCCAUCUUUGAGAGAGAAGCAUGACGAGUUUUUGUUGAGAGAACUCGAGAAGAGGUGGAUAAAUCAUAAGAUUAUGGUCAGGUGGCUUUCACGAUUUUUCUUUUACUUGGAUCGUUACUUCAUUGCUCGAAGAUCACUUGCACCACUUAAUGAUGUUGGACUUCUUUGCUUCCGUAAACUGGUGUACGAGGAGAUCAACGUUCGUGCUAGAGAAUCUGUUAUCUCGCUGAUUAAUCAAGAGCGUGAAGGAGAGCAAAUUGACCGAGCUUUGCUCAAGAAUGUUCUAGCUAUUUUUGUCGAUAUUGGGAUGGGAAAUAUGGAAUGUUAUGUGAAUGACUUUGAAACAGAGUUGCUAUCUGAUACAGCCGGUUAUUAUACCCGAAAGGCUUCUAACUGGAUUCAAGAAGAUUCUUGUCCAGAAUACAUGAUAAAGGCUGAAGAAUGUUUGAAGAGAGAAAAGGAUAGGGUUGCUCACUAUCUGCACUCUAGCACGGAGGAGAAGUUAAUUGAGCAAGUACAAGAGCAACUGCUGAGUAAGGUUUCCCAACAACUUCUUGAAAAGGAGCACUCCGGGUGUUAUGCGCUGCUAAGAGAGGACAAGACUGAGGAUCUUACAAGGAUGUAUAAUCUCUUUUCUAAAAUCCCUAAAGGCUUGGACCCUGUUUCCCUUAUGUUUAAACAGCAUGUUACUUCUGAGGGUAUAGCAGUGGUCAAUCAGGCAGAAGAGGCAGCAAAUAGCAGAAAGGAGAAUCGAAAUGUAUCGGGCUCGCAAGAGCAGAUGUUUAUCAGGAAAGUAAUUGACCUCCAUGAAAAAUACAUGCUCUAUGUGACAACCUGCUUUGCUGGCCACACUCUUUUCCACAAGGCACUCAAAGAGGCAUUUGAAGUAUUUUGCAACAAGGUUAUUGCUGGCAGCUCAAGUGCAGAGCUGUUGUCUAAUUUCAGCGAUAAUAUCCUUAAGAAGGGUGGUAGCGAAAAACUGGAUGAUGAUGUCAUUGAGGAUACACUUGACAAGGUUGUAAAAGUACUUGCUUACAUUAGCGACAAAGAUCUUUUUGCCGAGUUCUAUAGGAAAAAGCUUGCUCGUCGUCUUUUGUUCGGAACGAGCGCUAAUGAUGAUCAUGAAAGGAGUAUCUUGUCGAAACUGAAGCAGCAAUGUGGUGGUCAGUUUACCUCAAAAAUGGAGGGCAUGGUGACGGAUUUGCAGCUAGCAAAGGAUAACCAAUCCGAAUUUGAGGAGUUCCAGAAAAGUAAUGCUCAUGCUCAUCCUGGGAUUGACUUGACAGUUACUGUCCUUACCACAGGAUUCUGGCCAUCAUACAAAUCAUUAGAUUUAAACUUGCCUGCGGAGAUGGUCAAGUGUGUGGAAGUUUUUAAGGAGUUCUAUCAGACAAAGACUAAACACAGGAAACUUACAUGGCAAUACUCACUGGGAACUUGUAACGUUGUUGGGAAAUUUCAAAAGAAACCUAUUGAACUUGUUGUGACCACUUAUCAGGCUUCUCUGUUGUUGUUAUUCAAUUCGUCAGAUAAGUUAACUUACUCAGAAAUCUUGUCACAACUGAAUUUGUCGGAUGAUGAUGUUGUAAGGCUGCUUCAUUCCCUUUCAUGUGCAAAAUACAAGAUCCUCGCAAAGGAACCUAACACGAAAACAAUCUCUCAGAAGGACAGUUUUAUGUUUAAUGCCGAAUUUACUGAUAAAAUGAGGAGGAUCAAGGUCCCUUUGCCCCCUGUGGAUGAAAAGAAGAAAGUGAUUGAAGAUGUUGACAAGGACAGACGAUAUGCUAUUGAUGCUUCAAUUGUUAGGAUUAUGAAGAGUCGUAAAGUGAUGCCUUAUCAUCAACUGUUGUCAGAAUGCGUUGAUCAGCUAAACAGAAUGUUCAAGCCGGAUUUUAAGAUCAUAAAGAAGAGGGUUGAAGAUUUGAUUACCCGGGAUUAUCUGGAGAGGGACAAAGACAAUCCCAAUACCUUUAGAUACCUUGCUUAAUUCUCAGCAAUUUAAAGGUGCAGCUUACAGUACUUCGAUUCCUGUUCUGGUAGAUUCAGAAGAACUGCUGCUGAUGGCUGUUUCCCAGAGUUGCAAAUCCUUUUUGUUUUUGAUAGUUUGAGUCCUUGGCCAGUGGGAUUAUGUUUAUGACGGUUGGAAAAUCUAGGCUUUUUAUCGGAGAAAGAGGUAUUGUGCUUUUGAUGUCUCCGGAAUACGGAUCCAUGCUGCUGGUUGACAUUUCGCCCCUGCAAAUAGGAUACAUUUGCUGCUUUUAAUUUUUUUAGUUCUUAUGCACAUUCUGCUGCUAUCACUCGUGUAAAGAAUUUUAUUUUGCUACAAACGAAUCACUUCUCUCUUUUCUAUUAUAAUAGAAGAAAAUUAUAUUGGCGUCUUCUUUCA